UUGGGGUUUUCCACCGUUGUAAAUUCAUCACCGAUUUUGUUUUUCUUCAAAAGCUUAAAAAUUAAAAUAUCUGAAGCAAAAAUGGCGAAAGAAGAUUGUUGAUUCUCCUACCUAAUGGCUACGAUCUCCGCCACACAUUCCUAUUUCCGUUUCCAACAAGCUUGCCGUCGUUCUGCUCCAGCUCCAGUUUAUCGCACUCGAUUUUCUCGCCCAUCGGCUUCCAUGGAUUCCGGCGACGAGCUCAGAGCAAAAUUCAUGGAAUUUCCUUACGCCUCUGCUCCGCAAAGAGAUCUGAUGGUGGAGCUGUUAUCCUCUGUGGAGACACACCUUGGACCCUCGCUGCACCCUUGUACCCUACCGUCCGAUGUACAACACUUUGGGAAUCCUGAUGGUACUGCCCAUGCUUCUAUCCACCUCAGAUCCGGCCUUCCUUCUUCUCAGGUUGAAUUCGUAUUGGGAGCUGGGAUAAACUGCAAGCUGCCAUCUGGCGGGGCCCUCAACAUCACAAGCCUCUCAGCCUAUCUAAAGCCCUCGACCGACGCACCGCACUUUCUGAUCGAACUCAUCCAAAGCAGCCCGAAAUCUCUCGUUCUAAUUCUUGAUUUGACUCCACGAAAGGAUCUCAUUUCUUACCCGGACUACCUUAAAACCUACUACGAGGACACUCAAUUGGACAGGCACAGGCAGAGCCUCCAGAAGCUUCCGGAAGUAAGACCCUAUUAUUCUCCGUCUCUUUAUAUACGUGCAGUCGUUUCUCCGACAGCCAUUGUAGUCUCUAUAGAUGGCGGUGAAAGGAUAAGUAUUGAUGAGAUGAUACGAGACCAUGUGGGCCCCAUUGCAAAGGAGGUGCUUGGGUUCUGGAUGGAGACGUGCGCUUGUUCGGAUAGGCGUACGGGAGAAUCGGAGAGGAGUUAUUUAGCUGAAAGGGAUCGGAUAAUUAAGACUACGACUAUUGAGGUGGAUCUUGGCUCGAGUUUUCCGAGGUUGUUCGGGCAACAAGUGUCUGAUAGAGUGUUAGGUGUUUUGAGAGAGAUCUAUGGUGAAUAAUCUUUGCAUUUUUAGUAAAAUAUGUUUGUCAUCUUAGAUUAUUAGAUCAACGUAUAUGUUUGUGUAGUUCCUACUAUCUUGUGAAAUUGCUUAAAAGGGAAUUGGUAUCGACUAUCGAGUAUUAUGCAUGAAAUCGAUG